UCAGUUGGUGUGUUUGAUUUCCGCGGAACGGGUUGUGAUUUGCGAUUUUACUCGUUUUGGAUUCGGACGUUGGAAGUUCUAAGAUGGAGUAAAGCUGUGGAAAUAGGAUGUCUAAUGGAUUUUUCGAUUGCUCGUCCUAAGAAGAAGACUGUUGUACCAAAAUGAACACAAGUGGUGGUUUUGUGAAAGCUUACAGCAAUAAUUGGCUGUCGCAGUUUGGAAUAUACAAAUAUGAAAUCCCCGAAGAGCUUCCCAAGAAGCCACCCAGCAAUCAACAUCGCAGGAUUGCAUUAUACGGCAUUCUGGGCAUGGCCUUCGUACUGUUCUUCAUCCUCUUCGUAGUAAUAAACAAAUCGGAGGCAGAUCGUCGCAAUGGUCUGAUUGUUGCCAGUUUCUCUAACGAAACCAGCAUCGAAUCCAGCAUGGGUCAUACCGUGCUGACAACUCCGUUUUCGUCCAAUGGAACUUUGAUCGUUGGUGGAGAAAAUGCCACUGGGAUAAGCGAGGAUGCUAAUAAUGCGAUAGCUGAGGCAAGGAAGCAACGGCGCACUAGGAGAUUGGGAUUGGACAAUUCUGCUGCUGAAUUCAACGAUAAUUUGGUGCUGUAUCCGAGCGAGUAUAUGAAGCCUCCCAGAUUAGGGAGCAUGCGAAGAUUUUCAGAGGAUUACUCUCUGGCGGAUAGCUAUCAGUUGGAUAAAAGUGAUUUGCCAAGGCCUUUCGGGUUUGAAGUGAGCACAGUGAAUCCAGUCGGGUUCUCCCGGCAGAAUUUCACACAAUUCCCGGAGCAGACCACAAAGUCUCUAACAAACUAUGGAAUGGUUAACAACAUCCAGGAUGUUCUGAAUCAAUUGUCGUCAACAAGAGUUCAAAGCUACAAAUUUAUUCCGCACCAUUUACAACAACCUUCAGAAUUCAAUAACCCAAACUUUAGGAACCACAGGGUGAAAUUCUCUGGAAUCUACAGACAUCCGCGUAAAAAUGGCGAUAUAACAACUUUAUUUGGGUCUUCUUCCAAGCAGCACGAACUUCGUGUUUCGAAACCAUUGGACAUCAACAGUCAGCUAUCGGUUCCUAGUGGUUACAUGCCAGAUUCUUUAUAUAACUUUAGACCAGCCAAUCCAAGUGACAUCAACCUUCUAGCAGUCGACCAGUUUAGGUUUGCUCCGGAGAAAAGCUACGACGCAGAAGAACCCUUGCCCAAAGGCAUGCCCUUCUCAAUCAUGUUGGAUGUUCUUCCGAUGGCGGAUGGUAGUGUACGAUUCAAACGUCCUUUGAAGAAGAGGCCCCCGCAGAACUACGCAAAUACCAACUUUCCUUCGUAUUUCAACAAUCAGAACUUCGCUCAGGUACAGAACGCUGUCUACAAUCAACAGUACCCCGAAGAAGACUCCUAUUUCCGUAGUUCAUCGUCGUACUAUCGACCUCAGCAGCAGAGAUUCAUCCCGACCAUGAAACCCGGCAAGCUUAUGGUUCAUCUGAAUCUGUAUCCGAAGAAACCCGCCGAGGCAAGCAGAAAAUUCGAGCUCGAGAAAACAGCGCUGGACAUCAACCAUCUGCAGCUCAACGUUGGGGAAACUCUCCCGGACCCGGAAGCACACUUGGUCGACCCUACCACGACCACAGCAAUUCCGAAUUUCCUGGAAAUGUUCUACGGUGUUAAAUCGCUGCCGCCAGUUGUGACUUCUACACCAAGUUCAGCAACAACCAAGAAGAGUACAGUCCUCAGCCCGGUUCCGGCAUCGGGUGAUCAGGAACCGAGUGAAAGUUUCACCAAUGGGCACGCGGCAAUGGGACGUUAUCCCCCGUAUCGGAUGGUGAAGAAACGGCACGAAGUGGUUGACCCCAGGUCUUUGGAGGAGUUGCAGCAACCGAAAUCGACCAAGCUGAACUUGGUGAGCUUCGACGAAAAGGAUGCUGUUUGAUGGGAUCCAAGGAUAUAAUGGUCUUGUUGUGCGUUCCUGAAUUAUGAGUAGCAGUUUAAAUGUAGUAUUUAUUUAGUUGUAGUGUUAGAAGAUCAUGUUGCAUCUCAUGUAUUUAUUCGUAAAGUAAAAUUCGAUUUCUUGAUUGAUUGAAAUAGACAGUACACCCGAUUCUGUUUUUGCACGGAUUUUUUUUCACGUGGCCGUGCAAAAAAAAGUUUUCAUACAUUCAUUUACCGCCAAAACCUUAUUUUUGCA